AAUGGGAUAAUUUUUAAGUUCUUAAUGUUGUGAAAAAAAGGUUGAGCCACCUAAAUCUCUGUUAUAAGAAGGGCAUUUGUUGAACUUAAACCAAGAUUAUUAAUAUUUUUUUAGUUAAGAUUGGUUUGGAGUUGAUAAGCCAUAAUUCGAACCAUAAAAAUUCAUCUUUAUUUAUCCAGGUUAUAAGGAGGAUUAAUCAUAAAUGGAAAAGUUUUGGUCAAAGGCUGAUACAAUAAAUUUAAGGCAUGGAGAAUUAGUUAGGUAAAAAGGAAAAGUUUUAAAUAAGAAAUGGCAAUAUUUAUUUAGAAAGUAUUGAAAUUCAGUAAUAAAUAGAGGUGUUCCAUGUUCUUUGGCUAAAAAAAUAAUAUUAGAUACUUUUAGAUUAACUUAUGUUGAUUGUGAAGCAGAAUAUUUAUCAGCUUUAAAGGUUGUAUUUAAAAACAAAUAAAUUCCUAAAACCUUUAAAAAUGUACCUCUUUUUGGUUGUAAUACAAAUGAAGAUGAUGAUGAAGAAUUUAAUUACUUAAAUGAAAGUGAAAAAAAAAUUUAACUAAUACUUAAAGUUUAGAUAUUAAAUUAAUAAGGAAUGGAAGCAUUAAUUCGUUUACUUUGGAUAGUGAAUAAUUUAAAUCAUUUUUUGGAAUAUAAUCCAAUGUUACUGCAUAUUAUAGUUUUACUAUUAAUAUUUUUAAGUGAAGCUUAGACUUAUUGUGUAUUGUAAUUUAUGAUAAAAGAUUCAUAAUAAAGUUUGAAUGAUAAUUAAACAAAAUAAUAAUUAAGAUGGCAUUUAAUAAUGAAUGAAGAACAUUUUAAAGAGUAAUUAUUAUUAAAUUUAUUAUUAGAACAGCUACUACAUUUUAUGAAACUGUGAGUAGAAGAAGUAAAACAUUUAGUAAUAUUUAUUAAUUGAUGUAAAAUAUUCAUUUUGAUUCUUUUGAAUUUUUUUAAGAGAUGUCUAUAAGUUUAAUGUUAACUUACUUACCAUUUUCUGCUGUUUUAAAAAUAUUCAUUAUUUAUUUAAAUGAAGGAAUUAAGAUAUAUUUUAGAAUGUUUUAUUCUAUUUUAAGAUAUGUUUCAGAUGAUAUAAAGUCAUGCAAAUCAAGCUCUAAUUUUAAAUCAAUUUUAAGAAAGAAAAUAAUGAAUUUAAAUAUAGAAGAAUAAAACAAUAUUAUUAAACAAGCAUUUAAAUUAAGUUUAAGUGAAAGUGAACAAGUCAAAUCUUUUAUGAGGACAACAGUAUCAUAUACUAAAAAUUAACCAUGUUAUUUACCUAUUCCAUCUCAGGCAUCUGAUUUAAUUUCUAAUGAAUAGGCAUAUAUAGUUAUAUGAUAUUUAGCUAGUUUGAAAUAUUAUGGGAUUGGAUGUCGAAUAUGUACAAAUUAAGUGAUCCAUUUUUAAUAUUUGCCUCAAAGACUGAUGGACAUUCAUUAAAAUAAUUAUAUUUUAAAUGUUAAGAUUUCACUGAUUAUCCAGUUCUUAUAGUAAUCUAAACUAAUUAAAAUAUUGUAUUUAUUUUAUAUUAUUUUAAUAGAUAUUUGGUGCAUUUUGUGAUAAGAUGUUUGCUGUAAAAAAUAAGUAUAUUGGUUCAAGUGAAACUUUCCUAUUCACUCUAUAACCAGAAGAGAGAAAAUAUAAUCCAACUUCAGGAAAUAAAGAUUAUAUGAUGUGUGCUCCAGAUUAUUUAGCAUUUGGAAGUGGCAAGUAGUAGAUUAUUAAAUCCUUAGAAAUGGACCUGCAUUUUAAAUUGAUUCAGAGUUGAAUAGAGGAUUUACUUAUUAAAGUGAUACUUAUGAUAAUCCAUUGUUUACAGAUUAGAAAACUUAAAAUAGAUUCAAAUGUUUAUGUAUAGAAGUUUAUUAUCUAAAAUGA